AUGGACCACCCGGUCAUCCAGAGUGUCGUUGGUAAAACCGGUCAUACGCCAGCCCAGGUUCUUCUGCGAUGGUCACUGCAGCGAGGGUUCGUGCCACUACCGAAGUCCGCGACGCCUGAGCGUAUCACCGAGAACAUCAAGCUCUACGACUUCGUGUUGGAUGAAGAGGAUAUGGCGAGCCUCGACGCGCUUGAUCAAGGGAAAGAAGGCGCCGUCAGUUGGAAUCCGGUAGACUGGGCGUGA